AGUCCUUGGAUUCUCUGUUUCCUUCACUUUCCCGGAAAAUUUUUACUGCUUCCUACCCCACUUCUCUACUACUUUUACAAGAGAAAAUCCCACUUUCCUAUUCUUAAUCAAUUUCUAAGAAGACAGGGAAAACUCGCUAUUCAUAUCUUGAUUCCAGGAAAACCCAUUUUGGAUUCUUUCUUGCCCCUCUUUCAUUGAUUUCUUGAAUCCCAGAAAACCCCUGUACUUCUUUGAGAUUUGAGAUUCUUCAAUGGCGUCAAGGGAGGUUUCUACAAUGAUAAAGCAAGGGUUUAUCUCAGACCCAACAAUCUCUCUUUCCUUUUCUCCGUCAAGAACCCCACCUCAGUCAACAACAAUAACAAUACCCAGAGUUUAUUCUCCUUCCUCUUCUCCUCCUCCUGAUUCAGCUCGUCCUAAUUGUAACCCUACCCUCUUCGAGAUGAUGUCCGAGGAGCAUAUUCGUGACUCCAAAAACAUGGAAGAAACUCGCAAGAAAACCCAGACCCAGGUGGCCAAAUUUCUCACUGAGCUUAAAAAUACUAGCUUUACCAACUGUGAGCUCGGAUCAGGUGAUGUGAAGCUGACGGUGGUGUCUAGAGAUGGGUUUAGAGUGUCAAUGGAUGUUCAUAGGAGGGUUUUAGCAGAGAAGAGCAGGUUCUUUGCGGAGAAAUUGAGCCGGAGAAAAGAGAAAGGGGUGUCUCAUACAGUGGAGAUCAGCGAGUGUGAUGAUGUGGAGGUGUAUGUGGAGACUGUUGUUUUGAUGUAUUGCGAUGAUCUAAAGAGGAGGUUGAUUGGUGAGGAUGUCAACAAAGUCUUGGCUUUGCUCAAGGUUUGUGCAGCCAUUAUGUUUGAUGUGGGAAUUAUGUCAUGCUUGGAGUAUCUUGAAGCUGUCCCAUGGUCUGAGGAUGAAGAAGAGAAAAUCAUAUCUCAUCUCACUGAACUUGAUCUUCAUGAUUCGGCAACUGAAGUCCUGCAGAGAGUAUCAUCUGAACCAUCUACAUCUGCAAGAGCAGAUGAUAUCUUCUUGAAACUGCUUGGUGGGGUUCUACAAGCCAAAGAUGACAAAGCACGUAGAGAAAUGAAAGCUCUAAUUUCGCGGCUACUUAGAGAAGAUUCCCCUGAUAAUGAAAAUAGGCUCGAUGUCUCCAGAAAUAUUCUUUAUCAUCUCUGUCAUAGAUGUAUAAGUUCUCUUGUACUCUCACUUUCAGAAGCUUCUGGCAAAGAUGAUAACAGGAGAGAUAGAGGGGCUUUGAUGGCUGACAUUGCUCGAGAAGCUGACAACUUGCAGUGGAUUGUUGAUAUUCUCAUUGACAAAAGAAUGGCAGAUGAAUUUGUGAAAUUAUGGGCAGAUCAGAAAGAACUCGCUGUUCUCCAUUCAAAGAUUCCCACCAUGUACCGGCAUGAAAUCAGCAGAAUCACUGCCCAACUGUGUAUUGCAGUUGGGAGAGGGCAGAUAUUGGUACCGAAAGAUACCCGGUUUUCACUGCUAUCCACGUGGUUGGAGGCACUUUAUGAUGACUUUGGAUGGAUGAGAAGGGCCUCUAGAUCCAUAGAUAAGAAGUUGAUAGAGGAUGGACUGAGUCAGACAGUUCUUACCCUGCCAUUGAGGCAACAACAGUUGAUUUUGCUCAAUUGGUUUGAUAGAUUUCUGAAUAAAGGAGAUGACUGCCCCAACAUCCAAAGAGCAUUUGAAGUUUGGUGGAGAAGAACUUUCAUCCGGCAAUAUGCAGCUGUGCAUGAUAGUUCUCAGUUGCAAUUGGCCCUCUGUGGUUAUCCAAACUGAAAGGUAUGUGGGAAGACAUAAUCACAAUGUAUAUGUUAUAAAUGUGGCUCGACAUUCUUUUCCUUAGCUCAUCAAUUCAUAACUUUUUGUUUUCCUAUGAUGCUGGUGCUUGGUGGAUUCUUUUUCACCGUUGAGAAUCUUUGUGAUGUACAAUGUAGAAAUAAGUGGAUUCAUAACCAAUGGAAACAAUUAACUUCCAUUGGUUUUUUAUGAUGUUCUUGUGUACUGGGCACAUGGUAGUUCCAUGGUCGCAGAUGGUGACCUUGUAAGAAUACAAUUCAUAUGCAAGGAAUUAAGUAUUGAUUUCAGG